AUGGAGCCCAACACUGGCUACACCAAUCUACUUGGCCACGUCUUCAUGUGGCACACGAACUUUGUCGCCGAGAUGACCAGCGCCAGCACAAGUACUGGCACGUUGGUUGGGUUUAUCGACGACAAGACCCACAAGGUCUUCUCUUGGAUCGACAUGGUGCUCUCGUGCAACCUGCCCUUCUCAUUCUGUGAGACUAGCGCGGCUUCUAACUACGUUAAGAUUGAGAGCCUUUCGACGGACAGCCUGGUGAAGUACAUGCGACUGUUAGCCCGUGAAGUCGAAUCUGUAAUCGCUGGUAUCCUGCCUAAGUCGUUUGGUAUCAUUUUUGACGGGUGGACUUUCCGGUCGGAGCAUUAUGUCGCAGUCUUUGCGUCCUUUCGCCACGACGGCAAGAUGCAGACCAUUCUGAUCGCUAUGGCGCCAAUUAUUGAUGAUGAGAUCAGUGACCACACUGCCAGCAGCCACGUCAAGUUCCUGGACGUCAUUCUUUCCUACUAUGGCCGGAGCAAAGCUAGUAUCGCUUACAUUGUCGGAGAUAAUUGCUCCGUGAACGGUGCUGUCGCUGAUCAGCUGCAGGUUCCGAUGGUGGGCUGCGCCAGCCAUCGUCUGAACCUAGCGGUGAACUUACUUCUCGCUGGCGACGGCAAGCUACUCGAUAAGGUACAGAAGUUGAUGUACAAAAUGAAAAAUUCGCUGCUGGUGUCUGCAAAAUUACGUCGAAAAACGCUCCUUCGACCUGUUCCUAGACAGGACACUCGCUGGUCAUCUACUUUUGCUAUGGUUAACAGAUACUUCGAGCUGAAGGAGUUUCUUAGUGACGACGACGAGGACGAGCUAACUGGGUUUCUGCCAACCCGGCUAGAGGAAAAGCAGCUGAAGUCGAUCCUCGCCAACCUCAAGAUGUUCGAGUCAACCUCGAAGCAGCUGCAAAGUGCAGACGCGGUAACACUACUCGACGUGCGCGACCUCUUUGACGCGCUCAUUGCACAGAAGCCAGAAGUCGCCCACUACCUCGCUGCUGAUGCAACGAUCGUCAAGAGCCCUGCUUUCGAACGAGCUUGUGAGAGUGUGCUGCUGGGUCGUGAAGGCGCGCUGAGUGACGUCGACAAGGCUAUGCUGGAGCCGCUGGCCGCGGAAGCAGCCCCACUGUCGAGUUCUUCGGAGACAACGUCGCUCGAUGAAGGUUUCGCCGCUGUUACGCUCGAGCGUGCGAGACGGCUUCGUCAAGCUACUUCACGCUUUAACGAUCAGGUAGCUGUGAUCGCUCCGACUUCGAACGUCGUCGAGAGAUUCUUUAGUCAAGCGAAGGCAGUAGUCGGCAUGCGCCGCCAAGCCAUGACUCCAUUGCAUCUGGAAAGUAACCUCUUCCUGAAGGUGAAUCGCUCGUACUGGAGCGCAGCAACGGUGCGCAAGGUCGUCCAUGGCACGCAAUAA